AUUGUACACGCGCAAUCAGUGUUUUUUGUAUUAGAUACUUAGCAGCACCAGGCGCUCACCCAAGUAUCCGGAUCAAGGCCUCAUGUGUGUACUUUUUAAACCAAAGGGUCAACAUGUGUAUAUUAUAUAUUGAUCAACAACUUGGUACAUUAUUAUUGUUAUCAGGUUUAGCAAAACCAGCUGCAGCAGCGGAUGAGUUAUUGAAGACUGGGCAGUUCUCAAGGCCAGCUAAAAUGCGUGCCCAUCUUCCCAUAACACAUUUCUUUAUGUUUAAAUUUGAAAUAUAUAUUGAGAUAUAUUACUUUAAUUUGAGCACAGGGCACCCUGUUUUCAUGGGUCCCAAUAGCCUAUCACUUACCCACCAACAGUUCCAGGAAUAGACUCUAUUUCUUUUGAUAUUUCCCAUCAUUGGAAGCCGGCGGAUCCCUCGUUGAUGACCUCAUUGAUGCUAAAUCCCCUUUUCAUCAUUCACUGCGGACCCUGAUAAAAGCCUCCAAUGGGGGUUGUUUUCCAAACAGACCAAACCUCCAUCCUCCUACAGUGAAAGCUGGUGUGAAAACCCGGCAGGAAGGAGAGCGAUUGCGCAGCAGCGUAGGCAUAAUGAUCCAGGGGACGUGGCUAUCUGUCACCAGUGCCAUGAAAGGCUUCAUGUCUGCAGGGGAGACUCCUUCAACGAGGACCCCUGACUCCCGCACCAUGCCUUCUCCAGCGCCUUCAUUUGAGACCGAUAGGGCUGUAUUCUGUUUCCUCUGCAGCUCACAUUUGUUUUUUCAGCCAGUGGAUGGCCCGUGACCACCAGAUGAUUCUAUUAUUCACCUGAUCUGGCCACCCCGCGGAUUACAGUAAACAACUUUACGGCUCGUUGAGUAGCAGUGGCUGCUAUAGGGAAACAGGAUCUUCAGUCAUCGCUGAAAUAUGGAUUGAAAUGAUUGGCGGCUGAUAACUCUGAUUGUUACGUGAUCAUUAUGUUCAAUCUUCUCUCUUGGUGUCGGUCGUGAUGCCACAGGCAUGAUGAUAACACCUUUUUGCAGGAGGCGACCGUUGAAAAGAAUGUGUGAGAGGAAAUUUGAUUGAAAAAUUCUCCUCCUACUGUCAUUGCUUGAUACGUUAAUUUUAGUUAGGCCCCAUGUUAUUGGAUUACUUAUUUGGUAUAUAUCACAUCAUUCUGUCUGGAGCGAAACUGAAUUAGGCCCAUAUUUCCCUAUAGUUAAUCCUUCUAACAUUUAGCUUUUACAGAUUAAUGAGAUUGCCAUGAAAAAAGAAUCUGUUGAUAACAAUCAAUGCAUCUCUGUAGCUAUCAGUCUAAUUUGUGCAGUCUCGAUGUUUUCUGUAUAAAUGAAUGGCUCAUGUUUGAGCUGCGACAUCAUGCCCGUGUCAUGGAGUGUCUUUGUUGCUCCUUCUCUUUUGGAGGCAUAGCGUCUGAUUUAUCCCUGUGAAUGCAGGCUAAUUGUGAGGCGGCGCCUGGCAGCCUUUUCCCCAUGUGUCCCUGUGGAGUCCUCCCCGUAUGCAACAAGAGCGGGCCUGUGGGCUAAACAUAAUGCCGGCCUCUGUUGGUGGAGCUAGCCAAGGCCCAGGCCAGUGAAGCCCCAGCCCCGGCUCUCUGUACGUCAGGAAACCUCCCCUCCAACAGUUACAGAACCCCCCUCUGUUCUCCCACGACCUCGCCUCUCUGUGUUGUCCCCGCCGGACCCUGCAGCAUCUUCCACCUCCGAGGCCGACUCUGAUACCAGGGAGGGAGAGACGGUGGCCAUGAACUACAAGCCCUCGCCCCUGCAAGUUCAAAUAGAGAAACAGAGGGAUCUGGCCAGGAAGGGAUCCGUGAAGAAUGGCACGGUGGGAAGUCCUGUGAACCAGCAGCCCAAGAAGAACGCCAGGACAAGACUGGUGGUUCCAAACAAAGGCUACUCGUCCUUAGACCAGAGUCCAGACGAGAAGCCCCUGGUGGCCCUGGACACUGACAGUGACGACGACUUUGACAUGUCCAGAUACUCGUCAUCGGGAUACUCCUCAGCCGAGGUGAGAUGUCUGAGGGACCAGCAGAUCAACCAGGACCUGAACAUCCAGCUGCUGAAGGACGGCUACCGGCUGGACGAGAUCCCCGACGACGAGGACCUGGACCUCAUCCCUCCCAAGGCCGUGAACCCCACCUGCUACUGCUGCCAGUCGGCCCCGUCCACGGCCUGUCAGAUCCAGUAGCAAGCGCCCCCCCCCCAGAACCCCCACCCUAUACCCUACCCCCUACACUCUACACCCACCGCCCCCCCCCCACCCAACCACCACCCACCACACACCCACCAUGCUGAAGUCAGUUAACCACCCGGGUGGCGCCAAUGGCCGGUUACUUUGGAGAAGAGGAAGAGCUGGCCUUUGGUGAGAUAAUUAGUGAAGCUUCAAAUGAAAAAGAAUAUAGUCUCAAGAAAAAGGGGUUGAAUUGUAUAUUAGCUCUGAGCUAUCCGAACGCACGCUCCUCCUAUGGUAGGAUCUGUGCGUCUUGCUCUCCCGGGGUGUGUAUUCAGAGAGGACUUUGAAACUGAAAAAUGAUCCUCUUUUUUGUUUUGUUUUUCUUCUCUUUGUUUUCCUCCUUUAAUGAACUUUGGAAGGGCAAAGGGGCCAGACAUUGUUGAAAAUAGAAUGAGAAGAUGUGGAAUCAGCCAGACCACUGUGGCAGUGCACCAGACAUUCACUCGGCGCCUAGUGAUGACACGCGUCACGUGUGGUUUUAAAUUGUCUCAGAAGGAAAGGCGGCGGCCAUUGGUGUCGUUUUUUUCCCCCUCCUUUCUUGGUUCGCCCUUCCCAUCACUUUGUGUUGUCUUCCUGUUUAUGAAUGAUUAUAGGUCAUGCGUGUGUGUGUGUGUGUGAGAGAGAUUGUACAGGAACUGUAAAAACAACAAUGCUAAUGCUUAUAACUACACCUGUUAAUGGAGUCGUUGAAUCGCCAACAGUUGAGUAACGUAGCUAAAAACAGUCUGCUGUUAUAGUGAGGUCAUAACUACUUAAAUAGGUCCAAUUCUGAGUCGAUUUUAACUUUAAGUAUUUUACCAAGAACAAAAAAAAAACAAGGAAGACGCAUAAGACGGUUUUGCAUGUUGCUCGUGGCGUUGUGUACAGCCCAUGCAGAUGUUUAUCAGCCUCUAGCUACAUGAACAGACUUUAGUGCCAAGUACUUAUGAUAUUGGUCGCACUUUCAUACAUCCAUAUAGUAUUACCUUCACUUUGCUGCAAUAUCCAUAGAUUGAAAAGAAAGAACUUGAUGCUAAUUAGAAUUAAUGGCAGAAUACGCAAGUUCACUUAAUUUAUUCACUUGUCUUUUACUUGGAGGGCAAGGCUUUCAUAAUACUCUAAUACCAAAAUGGAGACAAUUUUUCUUUGGGCAGAGUAUUGGCAAUUUUAAAAUAAGCAAGAGGCUUAGCUAUCUGCUGUUUGCCAGAAUCCAUGUGCGCAGAAGAAAAUUAAAUAUAGCCCAUUUUGUUUGCCUCAUAAUGUCACGAGUUAUGCUGGCUGUCCCCCGAACCCAGAUAACAAAAUGGUGUUAUGUUAGGAGAAAAAAUGGGGCAUGCUAUGUGACCCUCGCAGGAAUGAACUCAGACAUGCAGCUGUCAAUGUAACCCUGAUAUCCUUCUGAAUGAAACUGAAGGAAGGAGAGAGAGAGCAAGAGAUUGUUGUAUUGCUGGUGUCCUUACUGAGAUAGCUACCAACACGGGGCACUUCCCUCUUCAUUUAGUACAUCAUAUCAAAAGUUUACGACUUUCCUUUUGUAUUUUUUAGUAUUUUUGUGUUUGUAUGUUUCCACAUUUGCACAUCACCUUUUUGACCAUGUGUUCCGGUCAACGGAUUCAUAAACACUGUCCAUUAUCUGUCAGUUAUAAUAAUGGAAAAAAAACUGUACACGCGUAUGUAGCACCCCAAACCCCAAGGUAUGGUCAAUGCUUAGUUUUCCAGUUGAAUAACCAUGUAUGAAAGGGACGUGGUUCAGUGUUUUAAAAGACUGGAGGGCAUGCUCGAUGGCAAUGUUUACUGUAAACCGUCAGUUGUCCGCUAUGAUUUCCAAUAGAAGCGUUUAAUAUAUAUAUAUUUUUUGUUGACUACACUGAGACUUUGACAUGCUGGUUGUUUUUAUUUUGUUGUAUGUGCCAUCGCAUUUUUGUUUUGUUGCUGAGUACGCACUGUUGUUUGGAAGUCCCUAAGUAUUCGAUUCCUAAUCAGGUGAAUUGAAACAUCCAAUAGCCGGGUUCUGCUCUCAUUCUAGACAUGGGGAAGUCCUGGCUGGUGGGCCACUGUGACUAGAAAAAUCAUAUUCAUGAUGGAGUAAGUUCAUUUCUUUUCAAUUCGCUGCUCUUAAAAUGUGUUGUGUAUUUGUGUAUAUGGGACCAUUGCUGAUUUCUGUAACCUAGAUCAGAGGACGUGCAUUGGAAUAGAGCGUUUCGAUCCUGGUAUUGAUGUGGAAUCAAACCAAUAUGGACAUUGUUUAUUUUACCCUUAGUUUUCAAACUGCACUCAUUUCAUAUGGCUAUUAAUUGAAAUGUUACACAUGAGUAUUUAGAAUUUUGGAUACUUGUCCCCCUCACCAAAAUGCACAAGAAUUCUCCCUCAAAUUUGUUCCACAUCUACACUGUUCCUCUUACAAAGUUUACAAUCCUAAUGUUUUGCCUGGAACAUUGUGGAUGCUUUGACCAGGCAAAACAGUAAAGUUUUUUUGCUUGAUUAUCAAUGUGUUCUGCAUUGGGCACAUUUUACCAGUGGCGUUCUUGUUGAUCAUCUCCGCUCAGCAAAGUUUGCCCAUAGGCCUGUACCUACAGGACUCAACAUAGCAGUUAUUCAAAAAAUCUGAUGUUCACAUCUAGGUGCUACCUAUGCUUGUAUGAAUUAACCAACUGCAACUAAAUCCCAAUUGAAUUCAAUGGGAAAGACUACCGUACUACGACAGUACAUCGCAAGGCAGCCUUUAGCUUGGGCAAGCACACUACCGUUCAGGAGCGACCAUCUUGUGUUAUUGUAAUCGUCAUGCCAACUCAAAGAUACACUACUUUCAGCCAUUGGUGUGCAAACUGUGGUGUGGUGUUGCUCACUGUUUACUUAAGUAGCUCCUGCCUUAAGUGAUGCAUUGUAACGGAGGGAUAUUUUAUCAGCAGUCGUACAUGUUUUAUUUAUUUUAAGUAUGGGAAACGAUUCAUUUUAACAUAGAGAUGCUUUUAAUUUGCCAGAUGCUUAUUGUUAUGAUUGUAUAGACAAAUGUGAACUGAUUCCAUUUGGUAUUUAACAGUGUUAAUGUUCGGUGUACUGUAACAUAUCGAAAAAUAAAUAUAAAAUAUCUGGA